CUAGACCUGUUAACCCAAUCUCACACUUUCUGCUCAGGAAACAGAAAGACACAGUCACCAUGAACAAGCUGCUCGUUGUCACUGUCCUCAUUGCUGCCCUUGCUCUUGGAGCGGAGAGUUUCCGCAUGCCCAGGCAGGCUGAAGAAGGGGAGGAGACAGGCACUGCUUCCACAAUGAUGGACGGACUAAGGUCUUAUUAUGACAAGACUGUUAACAUGGCCAAUGAAUACCUGGAGACCCUCAAGGGCUACAAACUUGAGGAGAAAGCAGCGAACCUUUACCAUGAGACCACUUCUGCUGUGAAAACCUAUGCUGGAAUUCUGCAUGAUCAACUCUAUCACACCUUCUACCCCCAGGAAAGUGCUUAAGUCUGGAAUCAUCCCUCAACAGGAAGACCUUAUAUCUGUCCCUCUCUAUGUCUGUCUGUUCUCUCUCUCUCUCUCUCUCUCUCUCUCAUUCUUUCCAAGCACUACACUCAGUGCUUCACAUUCAAAGGAAGAUCAGGCAAUCUGGGAUCAAAACAACACCUCUGUUAGGGCACCAAAGACCUAUCAACACAUGUUGAGCACGCUUUAUUCUCAAUCUUCUUUACGUACAACUGACAACAUACUACAGUAGCCCAACGCUCUUCAGCUGACUUCAAAGAGAGACGGAUAUUGAGCUGUUGAACUAGAAUUUGAGAUGGUGAACCGGGAAAAUACCUCGGUUUAGGGAAUAAAGAUUUGUGGUCCAUUUGCUGAACAACUGCGAUUGGCCCCUCAGCUGUUUAACCACAUAAGCAAGUCUUUCAAUGCAAAUGGUAUGAAACAUGUUGUUCAAUGUAUGACAGUAGCUCCAAUGUCUUUUGGUACCGCUGCCAAAAAUCAUACUAGAAUGUUUAAAACGUUGUUAAAAAAAACUUAUUUUAUGUCAGCAUUUGGUUACUUCAAACAAACAAAAAAAAAAACAAAAAACAAUGCACUAAUAUCUUGCAAUAAAAUCAGUAAUUUAUACAAAA